AUUUCUGAAUCAUCGCGCGCUCCUGCAUCACGUGCGCCCGCUGUACCUCGCUGGAAAGUUACGUGAACGUUACCCGCAUGUUUAUUUCACCUUCGCCAUUCACUCAGUCUCGAUUCGCGAUCCACCGUGUGAUCCGCGUCAAUCGACGGCGGUACGUAAACUUUCGCUUCGUUCUAACGACGGAACUCCUGAAUUUUCCGCUACAUCGGUGCAAUACAUCGGUGAAAUCUCAAGGAGAGAAACACAUCGCUGAUCCGAGGAAUUUAUCCUCUUAGUUUUCUUUCAAGUCGAGUUUUCUUAUUAAGUGUUUCGCGCAAGAUCAACAAUCCCGCGUUGGACGUAGAAGAAGACGAGCGACUUUUGAAGAAUGCUAUCGGUUCCGCGUGUCUCAUUCGAGAGUCUCGAACGAGACUGAUAAGACUAUUAUUGGUGCCAAUGCGAUUACUGAAGAAUCAAAGAAGUGUAAACGAUAAUCGACCGCGCGCUCGCCAAUAAAUCGCGAAUUAUAUUCGCGUGACUGUUAAAUCCGUUGCAGAUGCAAUAAACCGGAUUCGAUUUGUGAAAGCACCUAUUGACACCAAAAUGAACGUGCUGAGUCGUCAAACUCCAGGAUACGAGAUAUGUACCAGUUAUACAAGAUAUAUCGAAUAUAUAUAUAACAGCAACAGGGUAUUGUGAAAUUUUAAAGACUGAAUAACGUACGAUGAAAAAAAGGUCUUUUCUAAAAAAAUAGUUAAUUUAAUCGGCGAUUUCGAUCGCCUUUUUCCUUUUUUCCGCUCUUCCAACAAUUUACCUUCCCGUCCUAAACUAAUUAAAAGACUGUUGGCGUCACGAGCUCCUAAAAGUCAGCCUAUCUACUCCGUGAACAUUGAGUUCGGGACAAAAGCUCGACGAGACGUAUCUUCUCCAAAUGGAGAUAGAAGAAAGAGACAGAGAGAACAGAUAGAAAGGGAGCGAGUGAGUAACAUAUCAAGCAAGUGGGGACUUCUGAUAAAGACAGGCCGACUGAGAGGAGAAGCAGAGAGACUGAGAAGGAAAAAUAUAAGAAAAAAAGAAGGAAAAAGAGAGAAAAAGAGAGAGAGAGAGAGAGAGAGAGAGAGAGAAAGAGAGAGAAAGAGAGAAAGAGAGAGAGAGAGAGACAUCGCUGGUGUUAGAUCUUUUAUCUGCCGGACGAGUAGGCCCAGGCUGAAACGCGGACCCUCUUCCACCAAAAGCGUGGCGAGUCUCCGUAUGGGUUGAUUCUUCAUUCGAGUGACGGGUGCAGUCGAUCCGCGUCUCUCUGGUCGUCGGGAGGACGACAUCCACGCACGACUUCGUUGAUUACGACAACUGCACGCACCAGUCGCCGCGGUUCCCUUCCCCGUCCGUCGCGGCCGCCUACACUCGCGUUCCUCCGCCUCGGACGAGCCCGCGAUCUCGUCUUCCUCUUUUUUUCUGGCACUUGGCAGUCGCUUGCGAUUCGACAAAACAAAGGAUCGUCGGACGAAUCUCGCUCGUUCCAGGGAGACCGAGACGGUGACGUCGCGCCAUCGGCGGCCGACCGACUGCGAGCUGGACCCGCGAACGAUCCACCUUGGGAUGGAUGACGAGAAGAUCAAGCUGUUCAAGGAAAAGGCGAUUUAUGGCUAUGGGACGAGCAUCCCCCCAAAUAAUAACGAAGAUGAGGAAAAUGAGAUGUCACCACGGAAGGUCAUCUUCUGUGUUCAUGGAAAAUUAUCAGGUUGUUGUACAGUAGUGAAAAGUUCUGGCGAUGAAAAUGCAACCGCGGAAUAUCAACAAAGUCCGACAAUGCCUCUGGAAGAUCAUUGUCACAGGGAAAGGAAUGAGGAGAUCGACAAGAAAGCUCGGAAAAAGUUGUGGAUUGCCAGUGCACUCUGCGUCAUUUUUAUGAUAGCAGAAAUCGUCGGCGGUGUAUUAUCGAACAGCUUAGCGAUAGCGACUGAUGCCGCGCAUUUGUUGACUGACUUCGCGUCUUUUAUGAUAUCUCUCUUUUCUAUCUGGGUCGCUAGCAGACCAGCUACUAGAAAAAUGCCGUUUGGUUGGUACCGAGCGGAAGUUAUCGGAGCAUUGACUUCAGUUUUAUUAAUAUGGGUAGUCACAGGCAUCUUAUUCUACCUCGCGGUAGAAAGAAUUGUCCACAAAGACUUUGAGUUGGACGCUAUGGUGAUGCUGAUCACGUCUGCAGUUGGUGUUGCGGUAAAUCUAGUAAUGGGCCUAUCAUUGCAUCAGCAUGGCCAUAGUCACGGUGGACACAGUCACAGUAACCACGACGAUAAUGCAGAAAAUGGGCUUGAUGAUGAUCUCAAAAAAGAAAAUUCGAAAAGGAAUAUUAAUGUACGCGCUGCCUUUAUCCAUGUUUUGGGUGAUUUUAUUCAGAGCAUAGGAGUAUUCAUCGCCGCUUUAGUCAUUUAUUUUAAGCCAAGUUGGAAUAUAGUGGAUCCAAUAUGUACAUUUCUCUUCUCCAUAUUAGUUAUCCUCACUACGGUGGCGAUUAUUAAAGAUGUAGUUAAUGUCCUAAUGGAAGGAAUUCCGAAGGGUUUCGAGUAUUCCCAAGUUGAAAACACCUUUAUGCAAAUAGAUGGAGUCGUGAAGGUUCACAAUCUUAGAAUUUGGGCACUCUCACUUGACAAGACCGCUCUAUCGGCGCAUCUAGCUAUAAAACCUGGAACGAGCCCUCAAAACAUUUUGCGUACUGCCACGCGGAAUAUCCACGACAAAUACAAAUUCUUCGAGAUGACAUUGCAGAUAGAAGAAUUCAACGAACGAAUGGAGAACUGCAAACAAUGCAAAGCGCUAUCGCAAUAG